GCCGAGAUCGAUGAGGAUACAGAAGGGCAAAACCACAGAGAUAAUGACAGCGACGAAGCGCAAUGCUUAGACGUACAUCGGCGCUCAUUUCUGACACGGUUUCAGAAUAGCGAAGUCUAAAUCGUACGGCUUUACGCGUCAUAUGUGUUGCAUCCUCGGCAGUUGUGGUCCAGCGAGAAUCUAGCGGAUAACGGGAGUGAAGGACCGGACCGAGCCAUUGCUUUUUUUGAACACUGAUAUUUGCUGAUUACACACAUAAGUCGUUGUUACAUAAAACCGGCUGUUGUGUUAUCGCAAACUCGGGAUUUCUAAGGGUGUACAGAAUAACCAAUCCUAUGAUCGGCUUUUGAUUGUGUUUUGGAGAGGCUGUUUCGCUUCUCUCCAUCCAGUCGGAUAAGCUACGCUCUGAGGUUUGGUCACCAAGGCAAAAGCAAGACUCACAUGGAUACAUUAAGAAACAUUUAUGGAACACAUUUGCUUGCGUGACCCAAGAUGGUGCCACUGUGAUGAAAUGUCUCCAAGAAAAAUCUGAAAUCAGAUUUUGAGAUAUAAACAGCAUCAGGAACUGUUUUUAGAUCAAAUUACAGAAACCACACUCUAGACUGUUAGAAAAACCCAUCAGCUGGAAUUUAAGGAAGAAGUGGAGUAAGGACGGUGCAGACAUGGAUGGUAAUAUGGGUGAGAUGUCUGUGCACAGCCACGUAGAGCUGGCACACAGUCAGGACAGCAGAGCCAUGCUGCACUCUCGGGAUCUCACGGCUGCUUUCCCUCGUCCCACUCUGGGAGGCCACACUAUGGGCCUGGAGUCUGACCACCAGAGCCCUGCGUAUGACCACAGCAUGGCAACUCUGGGGUACAGUAGGGACCCACCAACCAGCUGUGGAAGCACCUACACCACACUGACACCCCUCCAGCCUUUUGAUGACAAAUUUCACCACCACCAUCAUCAUCAUCCCUGCCUGCCCGUGAGCAACGUUAUCGGUAGCUUCACACUCAUGCGAGAAGAUCGAGGCCUGGGAGGAAAUUACUAUACGGCAUACGCAAAAGACUUUGGUUUGGGACAGGGUCUGUCUCCACCGUUGAGCAGUGCAGGCCUGGAGACCACCAUGCAUGGCUAUGGUAGCCUGGGAAGUCAGAAUGGACACAGUAGCCAGAUGCUUCCAGGUGGCCAUGAGGUCCAUAUGGGCAGCAAUGGGGGUAACAUCUGUCGAACAGCACCAGACUUUGGGAGGGAGAUGUCACCGCCGUCUCUGGGGGGCGAGCAUGGGGUCAGCCACCAGCUAAACAAAAUGGAUGCCCAUCAGCACACUUCCACCUACCACCACCAUAUAUACAACCAGAGUUAUCAGCACCACCUCCCAAGCCAACAGGUCUCCAAACUCGGGGAUCUCCCUUCUUCUUCCCCUUCCUCCUCCAACACCAGUUUGGGAAGGGAGGGCAUGCUGGCCAGCUCACAGAACGGCGGUGGAGGAGAGGAGAUCAACACCAAAGAUGUGGCUCAGAGAAUCAUCACUGAACUGAAGAGAUACAGCAUCCCACAGGCCAUUUUCGCAGAGCGGGUUCUGUGCAGGUCACAGGGUACUCUCUCAGACCUGCUGAGGAACCCCAAACCUUGGGGGAAACUCAAGUCUGGCCGUGAAACCUUCAAAAGGAUGUCCCGCUGGCUACAGGAGCCAGAAUUUCAGAGGAUGGCCUCGUUACGCCUGGAAGCUUGUAAGCGUAAAGAACAGGAGCAAUCCAAGCUAGAGCGCAACCAGGGGCCUAAGCGCACCCGACUAGUCUUCACAGACCUGCAGCGUCGUACUCUCAUGGCCAUUUUCAGAGAGAACCACAGACCGACCAAAGACCUGCAGAUCACCAUCUCUCAGCAGCUUGGCCUCGAGCUUUCCACCGUAAGCAACUUCUUCAUGAACGCUCGCCGCAGAAACAUCAACCGCUGGACUGAAGAGGGCCGCCCAUCCUCCACCGGCUCAACGGGGUCCAGCAACGCAUCUCCAACUGUGACCUGCUCCACGGCAUGAUGGGGAAAUUAGCCAUUUAUGCUCUCCACAGCACAGGUUUACCUGUAGCUCCUAGAGUUUGAGAUUUUGAAUCAAGGGUGUAUACAAAUCAACAGCAUAUGAAACCAAAGAUUAAGUCUGAUGUUCGCAAUGUCUAGACGAGACAGGAUUUGAUUGUAGUUUUAGCGCUGAUUAUAUUAGCUUAAAUCUCAAAGGAUGAGCCCAACACAACAGGGCUUGUGAAAUCAUUCACAAAUCAACACACUGAGGGUUAUGAAAAGGUACUGAAUAGAUAUCGAAUCUAUUAAUUUUGUAAUUCGUUACAGCAUCUAAAAUCAGCGCAAAUGUUUCCGGUUUUUCUUUGUUGAUCAUGACAGACAAAAUUAUAUUUUUAGGGUGCUCGAGAGAGAGACGAUUUUGCAACAAAUGAUAAAUGAAUGACCAAAGAAACAAAGAAGGGUGCAAACAAAUCUUUCAGAGAUUGUUUUAAAGGGAAAAUAACAACUGGAUAGAGAAGCUAAAACCAAAAUAUGAACAUUUUUUGAGAGCUUGUUUUCUUUUUAUACGCCUUUGUUACAAAAUGCCAGUCCUCAUUGUCCAAAAAAGGCAUCUGCUGUCAGUGGGACAACUACAGUUUCAGCACAGAACUGGAGUCGCAUCUUCUCAGACAUUAUGAAGAGGAAUUCGAAACAAAAACAGCCGUGUCUCUUUUUGCAACAGACAUUUACUUGUUGGUGAGAUUCUGCUGACUGAAUGGCUGAAAAGAGGAAUCCAGGACACUCUUGCAUAAUUUCCAUCUGAUUUCAAAUGAUUUGUCACACAGAAGAUGGAGAAAUCUUUUUUUUUUUUUUUUUUUGUAAAGAUUUCAAGCACACAAUUUGGCCAAUGGCUGUUCGUACUGGAAAAAGCUCAAAAUCUGGAAGACCAUGAUGAAAAAUACUUGCAAAAAGCUUGAAUUGAACAUGAGCAACCACUUUGGAUAUUUAUAAUUAUUUAUGUAUUUAUUUCCAAUCUUCUUGCUAUUUAUUUUAUUUAUUUGCUUGUUGCCAUCAGUAUUUAUUUCACAGUGUUGUUUGUGUGUGAAAAUUGACCCUAUCUCUGAUAGGAGUCCCAAUACCAAAGAUGAAUAUUUGUCCUUCUGAAUGUCCGAUGUUUCUCAUCUCCUGAACGCUGUGUUAGAUAUCUCCAUAGCCAAGCUAGCUUACCCAUCCAUGUUCAUCGUUCACAUGUGUACUGCAUGACUAGAACCUUUAGGCCACAGCCUGACCGAACAAAUCGAGACUCAGCGUGAUCGUUAAACAGCACACAAGUGGCUAUAAAGUCGGGAUGAUUCUAAAUUUAGGCUGUAUACUGUGAUCUCCUCACUGCAGUCCUCAUUAUUUACUAUACGAUGAUUGUACAUGCUGUGCCGUGGUCUCUCGGGGUGGGCCUUUUUCAAUGCUCUUUCUCGUUCCCCUGUGUUUAACCUUUGCAGGGCAUGUAGUAAGGCCCCUUCACAGCACACACUUGAAAGAGGGCCCAUGAAAGAGGCCAUCGACUUUUGCCGACUUCAAAGAGGCCCUUUUUAUCUGUGUCCUCUCAGCUGCUGGGGCCUGCGCUCGGCACUCGGUCGGACCCAUGGGCUUAGGGCGUUCACGGGGAGGGGUGGCAGAUCAGAGACUAGCAGCAUUACCGAAUCACGGUGAGGAACGGGAGGGGAGUGUGAAUGGGAGUUUGGGGAUGUGAAUUAAAGUUUAAUGAGCGACAAUUGUAGGCGUGCUGCGCGAGGGGCAAAGGGUGUCAGCCUGUGUGCGUCUCAACUCUCCAGCUCACCCUGUUGCAGCACUGGGGGUAAGCCGGGCCUCUCUUUUUGUAGAGAUGUAAUAAUUAAGGUUAUACUAAUUUGCAAACUUACCGCGGUAGAUGGUUAGAGAUCACUCGACGACAUGUAGCGUCCCGAAGAUCACGUUUAGCAGAUCAUGGCAGACGCGUCCAGCGUAAUUUAGUAUAUGGCGCCUCCUAGUGGACAUUUUGUCCUCCUGCUUACUGAGAAUAACAUAAAUCGCGCCAUAUUCCCGGAGUAUUUAUCCUCUUCAGAUAUAUCUGAAAGAGUUACUACAGUGUGUAAAUCUUAAGUCAUAUUUCCAUUUCGCCGUCCCACUGAGAGGAACCCGUUUGGCCAUUUUUGUUCUACCCGACAGCUCUAAUUUCAUCUACCUCAACUGUGUGUGAUGUGUCGUGUAGCUGAGAUAUAACUGUACCAAAGAUCCCAUCCAUUCAGGGAGCGUCUGUGCGUGACUAAGUUUUUAUAGCCAAAUGUGCUGGAAUCAAUCCGUGAACACAACUAAAUCACAGCCCUAUACCUGCAGGCAGAGAGAACCCUGUUAGUCUGAAUGUGCGUGUAUGUGAGAGAGAGAGAGAGCGAUUGAAGAACAUUUAUCAAUAUAAAGACCAAAUGGGAAUGACAAUCGGAGCAAGAGAAGGGUCUUGCUGAUCUUAUGAUUGCUUAUCCCUCCAAAAAGUAAAAAAAAAAAUGAACCAAAAAAGUUACUGUGUAAAAGUGAGCAUAGAGAGAAAAAAAGUUAAAUAGCCUACAAAUAUGAUGCAAUUAUGUUCUAGCUGUGUCAUGAAUCACCCGAAUAAAAAUAUGAUUUCAUCAGCAAACUUGUGUCAGAACAUAGGCUGACAAAAAUCAUUCUCUCGAGGCAUUUUUGGCAUCUAUAGAUCCUUUUUUUAACGGUUCAGAUAAGCAGACUGAAAAGGUAGCAAAUGUUUUCUUUUUUUCUUGUACCUAUCACUCUAAACUAAAACCUCUUUCUGCUGGUGUGAACAUCUGUCAUUUUAUGCCAUUCUCUCCCUUGUGUUACCUUAUGAAUGUGGCUAAUCAACCAAAGGUGUAAAAAUCACAGCAAUCUAAAUGUCAAUCAUAACUGGACAUUGUGUGCUGAUCUUGAAGAAUCCUUUAAUACCUCAUGUGAAUCUGUUUGUUGUGAUGUUGCACUGAAUAAAACCAAGUCAUUUGUAAACAUA